AUGCGAAUAGCCUCGCAGGCAGCAUGGGCUCUGCUCCCCGUCCUCCUAGCCUCCGCGGAGAACGAUGAUGGCAACGACGCAGGCCUCGAAUUCGACUGGAACGUCUUCACAGGAUGGAACUUCGAGGUGUCCGAUUACCACGGCGGGACAAUUUCCAGCUCGAUCGUGAACUUCAGCAAGGCAGCCGACCCCACGGCAUCAAUAGAUUUUAAGUGGACGGUGAGCGACAGGAGCGACUUCACCUUUGCGAAUGCCAUCCUCGUUGGUGGGGACAAGAUGGUAGCGGAGGGGUAUCAGGCGGAUAGCAAUGGACAGCCGCCUGCGAGUGCUACGGUGCCAACGUUUCCUGAUACCUCCUCCCUAACUCUAAACGGUACUCUCAUCGAAAAAUUGGUAUCAGACUACGACGUGGCUCUCUUCUUCCAGGUAGGGUGGAAGGACUCCAGCGGCGCAGACGACUAUGGAUUCAGCCCGUACUGGGCUAUAGCGGAGAACCAGGACGAGGCCAACAGCCUGUUCAACAACUGGAUGAGCGCCAGCACCUCCCUCGUGAUAACGAGCGCCACCGCCGCCCUUCCCCAGCAGACCACAGCCUUCAUCCCCGUGAGCACAUCCGGCGCCCCAACGCCGACAGUCUCUGGGGAGGGCACGUCGUCGCCAUCGGCCACCGCCGUCAUGUCCUCCUCGCCCACCUCGACAUUGCCACCUAACGCCGACAAUGACUCCUCCAGCAACAGCAGCGAUGGUGGUCACCACUACGGAUCCCUCUCGAUAGGCGCCAUCGUCGGCAUCGCCAUCGGCGGCGCAGUCUUCUUGAUCCUCAUCUUCGCGAUCGCAGCCUGGCUUUGCCUCCGCGCACGGCGGCGGCAGCGGGACGGAGUCAUGGUUGUGCGCCGAGGUGAGGCCCAGGACAUGCUGGCUGAGAAAGACACCCACAGCACAACCAUGAUGAUGGAGCCCGACACUCCUUACUCGGAAGACGCGCGCAGCCACCGGCUUCUGGACCGAGGCGGCGCCGGCAUGUCGAGGCUCAACGGCAGCAGUGCGAGUAUGUCCAUCACUGGUGAGGCCGCUGGGGCCCGCGCAGCCGGCCGAGGCCGCAGCCUGAGCUCGACACGGCGCGGGUCGGCAGCUUACUCGUCGCUCAGAGGCCCUGUCCCGCCCAUUGGAACCACUGCGUCCAUGGGGGGCAGCGCUGCCGGUGGAGACUCGCCCACGCACACCCACCCUGGGUCGUCGUCGUCGCCCGUGGGAUCGCCCAUCGGGCGCUCGUCGACGCAGCAGGAGAGGGCGGCAGCGUCCUUCGGCAGGACCAUGUCUCACAAGAACAGCGCAUCCAACCUCUCAAAUGUGAUCAAUGCCGACCACAACGCUCGCGACCUCGAGCCGCCCUCUGCCAUCUCAGCCGACAGCGUUCACGAGAAUCUCGGAGGCGGCGGCAGCGCCCCGGGAAGCAGGACAGGGACACCGCAGUUUGGCCCGACAAGGUUUGGAGGCAGAUCGGACACGCCCGGCGGAGUCUCGAUCUCGGACCAGUAUGCCCACCUGGUGGAAGACGGCAUGACGGAGGACGAAAUCAGGAGGUUGGAGGAGGAGGAAAGGGCGCUGGACGAGGCGAUUGAGCAGCAUCGGACCGAGAGUCGUGCUGCAGGUUGA